CUUGCAGGGACAGCAGUUCUUGCAAUUGGACUAUGGCUUCGGUUUGAUUCACAGACCAAAAGCAUCUUUGAACUGGAAUCCAACAACACGACGUUUUACACGGGAGUCUACAUCCUAAUUGGAGCUGGUGCGCUUAUGAUGCUGGUUGGCUUCUUGGGAUGCUGUGGUGCAUUGCAGGAAUCUCAAUGUAUGCUUGGCCUGUUUUUCCUCUUCCUUUUUGUGAUUUUUGCCCUUGAAAUUGCUGCUGCAAUCUGGGGAUUUGCAAAUAAAGAAAAGGUUAUUGAAGAGUUAAAGGAAUUCUACAGGGAAGCCUAUGAAAAGAGAUCUCAACCAGGUGCCAGAGAAACUCUGAAAGCGUUUCAGUUAGCUCUAGACUGCUGUGGUCUUACAGGAGUUCUUGAGCAGCAGUUCAUGGAGACCUGUCCGAAGAAGACCUUAGUCGAGUCGCUUUCUGCAGUGUCAUGCCCUGCUGCCAUUGAUGAUGUCUUCAAUUCGAAAUUGAAUGUGAUUGGAGCAGUCGGCCUUGGCAUUGCUGUAAUAAUGAUUUUCGGCAUGAUAUUCAGUAUGGUUCUCUGCUGUGCUAUCCGCAAAAACCGAGAAAUGGUUUAAGAGCUAAAAACCCAAGACUGCUGCACUAUAAAAAUCUUUGUCAUUAACUUUAGCGUUCUGAAAGCAUUUCUAAAAAGUUAUAUAUUUGUUACCUUUUUAAUGCUUUAUUUGGUAC